AUGUCCUACCCGUCAGACUUAUUCCGUGCUAUAUUCACGCCUGGCGCCCCGCCGGCCCUCCUCCUCGCUACAAACGUCUCCUUCGCCUGUCUACAACUCACACUCCUCGCCAUGCUCUUUCUCACCGGAUCAUUCCAUUUCUUCUUCUUAUCGAUCAUGUGUGUUGGAGUAUGGGGUGGUAUCAACUGGUUCGUUCGCGAGGUGGAAUCUCUGAGACAGGUCGAAGAGCAGGCUGAGGGUAUUAGACGGGUUCAGGGGAUCUUGGAACAAGAAGAGGAGGAAAUGAGGCAGCAAGACGAGAGUGAAGACGCUGGUAGGAGCACCGGUAUCGAAAUUUCGGCUGAUGAGCACGUUGGGAGGAGGAAAGCAGAUGAUGAUGAGGAAGAUGAUGGGUUUGAGAAGGUCGAGAAGGAAGAUGGUUACGAAACCGAGGGUAGGAAGUCAAAGUAA